AUGUUUGGAGACUACGAUGAGCUUGACUCUACCUUUCAAAAAGAAAAGAAAAUCAAAAUAUUCAUUAAUGGAAACCCUCUUUCUAAUCCUAUGCAAUUAAAAAUAACAAAUUCAGUGAGAUUUAAAGAUAUUCAUAGACAGCUUGAUGAGAAGUAUCCUGGUUAUUUUAAGGAGCUUAAAUUAUUCAAUUAAGAAGGUGUAGAAUUAAAUUCUGAUGAUCUUUAGUAUAUCAAAAAUGGUGCACAGCUAUUUGCAUCUGCAGGAGAAGAUUUUGAUUCAAAUUCUACUUUUUCAGAGUAUGAUAUGGUUAAGGAAUUAGGAUAAGGUGGCUUUGGUAAAGUACUUCUUGGUGUUCAUAGGGCAACAAAAGAUAAGGUGGCAAUAAAAGUAGUCAAAACAAAUUUGAUAGGAAAUGCAUAGGAUAUAGACAUGGUAUUUCGUGAAGCAGAAAUCAUGAAAUCCUUAAACCAUAAAAAUAUAGUUAAGAUAAAAAAUUGCUUUACUCUAUAAAAUAUGCAGGUUGUAUUUAUUAUGGAAUAUUUAGAAGGAGGUGAAUUACUAGCAAGGUUAGAGGAGCAGAAGAGGUUCACUGAAUAAGAAGCAAAAGGUUAUUUUCGUUAAAUAGCUGAUGCGAUGUCAUACUGCCAUAGAAAUAAGCUAAUUCAUAGAGAUUUGAAAUUAGAAAACAUUUUGUUAACAAGUAGCUAAUCUAAUGAAGUCAAGAUAAUUGAUUUUGGUAUAGCAGGAAGUAUUGCUAAUGUAAAUAUUGAUAACUUGGAUGCUGGUUCUUUGAGAUAUAUGGCUCCAGAAGUUCUUUCAUAAAAAAUAACAAAAUUAACAAGUGCAAUUGAUGUUUGGGCUAUGGGAAUCAUCUUGUAUUGCAUGCUGGUUGGAGAGCUCCCAUUUUAUGCAGAAUCAAAUUCUGUAAGUAGAGAUCUGAUUUGUGAAGGAAAUUACACAAUUCCACCUUAGAUAUCAAAAACACUUUCUCCUGAAUGUAAAAAUUGUCUUAAAUCUAUGCUAGACACUAAUCCAGAAACUCGUAUUUCUACUGUUGAUUUGGUGAACCAUCCUUGGUUAUCUGAAAAAAAACUCUAUGAGUAGUUUGAAGAACACAAAGAAAGCUCCUUAAAUGAAGAAGAAGUAUCCAAUAAUAAAAAGCAAAACGAGAUACCUUAGAUGCUCAAAUAAACUGCAGCAUAAAAAUCAGCUAAUAGAUAAAGUGGCUCAUUAAAUUCCAAAACAGUUUACUAAAAUAAAAUAAAUGUACUCCCCAAUCCUAAACCUGCAUCAUCCUUUAGAUCUAAUUCAAACAAUCACUUUGCUGCAAAAAAUUUAGGAUCAUCAUCGACUCAAGUAAAUACUAGAAUCCCAACAAAAUCUACAUUUUUAAAAAAAUGA